AUGGCCUCUGUGUCGAGCCCAGAGGCUAGGGAGCUUGCGCUCGUCGGCAAGGUUGAAAUGCGCAUAGCCCUUGCAGACUCAGACAAAAGGCUAGAGGAUCUUCUGAAGCUUUAUCUAGCCCCCCUUCUGCUCAAGCUUGGCUCUGAAAGUGUAGCCGUGAGAAAUAAGGUCAUAUCUAUUUGCCAACAUAUUAACACCCGAAUCAAGCCACAAGAGAUCAAGCUUCCAGUUCCUGCUCUCCUUAAACAAUUCAAGGAUAACAUCAAUGUUCCUCUGAUACGCCACUUUGACAUCCUUUACGUUCAGCAAGGUAUCUCUCGGAUUCCAGUUACCGACAGACUCGAGCUGCUGCCGACCCUCAUCCACGGAAUUGCGGCCGACUUUUCUAAAUCCGCCCAACAUGCGUCUCAAAUAUUUCACCUCACAUUACGCCUUCUUACCCACUUCAAGCUUCCUUUACGAGGAAGCAAAGAGGACGAAGAACUUCGAUCAAUGCUUGGGCUGGACGAUGAGGAUGCUGGCUUUCUCUCCCAAUGGUUUGGCAAACUGCUCUUACUAAGUGUGCCACGGAAAAGCGGUGGCGAAUUCGGUCUUUUUCCAAGAUCCCCUGGUCUAUCAACUGACGACUACAAGUUCCUCACUUUACAAGGAAAACCUGAUGCUUGGGAUCCAAGUGGGGAUGCAGGUUUAAGUUUGACUGAAUCCAAAACCUUAGUUGCUAGAUUUCUUGCGAGUGGCAUGUUCUCUGAUGAGGAGAAGUUCCUGCCGGCACUCUUCGCAUCUGCCGACACCAAUUCACAAGUUUCAGAUAUUGGGGAAGACGUUUUGAAACGUGCUAUGCUAAGCAAAGAUGUGGAAGACUCAACGUUUGUUGAGACCCUGCUAGGUCUCUAUUUCGGGUCAGACGCAUCAGACGGACCCCUCCCUGUCAAAGUGCCACUUCGAAUCCGAAUCCUCAAUGUACUGUCUAAAUCGGUCACCUGCACAAGAUACCCAAGGCAAAUAUCCAGAGUUGUUGAAGAGGGUCUGUUAUCUACCGAGCAGCUCCAAGGAAAUCAGACUACUGCAGGCAGAGAAGCGUCAAAAUUUCGAUCCGCCAUCUUCACCCUUGUAAACUUUGUUGCUCGCCGUGGUUCCACAAGUGAUCUUUCGUCAAUGGGAGAGAGUCUUGUGGGAAAUCUAAAAAGCUUCAUUGAGGAUCAAGGCUGGCCAAGCCCUGACAAAGGUCAAGACCUUGAGAUUCGUGGAUAUGGAUACGAAACCAUUGGGCUGUUGGCAAAGGCUGCGCCAGAGAAAGUUUUAUUAGAGCCUUCCCUUAGCCUCUUAAAUUGGUUAUUCCGGUCCUUGAGAGAUGAUGUGUCCGGCCGCGAUGUCGCGGUCAGCAUCGAAGAAGCUCUCUCUUCUGUCCUUGGGGCAUUUACUAAGUCAUCCAAUUCCUCGGUUCACUGGAAUUUCCGGCAUAUUCUCUUGAAGUAUGCGACAUCAGAGAAUUUAGAUAACCUGGAGAAGACCGAGGGCAUGAAAUUCUCUCGAAGCACUCGAUAUGUCGCUACUCGUUUCGCCAACCGUUGUCUCCCGUACGACGACGUUCUAGGGAGGUGGAUAGAUCUUCUCGCGGUUAGCGGAGGCAGCAAAGAGAGACACGAAGUCUUUGAAGAGGGGAAGAAAGGCUUGGACCCAUACUGGUAUAAAAUGUUGAACUCCUUUCCCGGCCCCGGUUCGCAUCAAGAACCGAUGUCAUUCCCCGAUUUCGAUAAACUUGUUCACUUUAUUUUCGGGCAACCUGGGGCAGGCGAGGACGAUAUGGAUAUAGACGAGCAAGAUGACGCUGUUGCGCGACUUCAGCACUUCCGCCAACAAUACGCCGACGCCUUACCAAUCGUGAUCGCCUUCUGUUGUCAGAUUGCGAUGCACUCUGCACUUGUGGAGAGACAGAUCCAGGAUGAAGUUUCGGAAGACUGGGGAAGGAAGUUGGAUACACUCAUGUCAACAGACCUGCGACCUCGUCAAGCAUUCCGCGCAUACACCGCUGAUGAUCGUCACUCCCAAUCCCUGGCGAUUAUUCUACGAGCCGCCUUCGAACAACUUACUCGAGAAGAAAUAGGUGAUGUGGGUGACAUCGGGACUGUACUAGUCCAGUUGUGCUCUUUGUGUGGAGAGAACGUAUUGUUGCGAGCGAGGUUGAUCCCAGACUUCCGCGCUUUAGAGCCUUCGAUACUGUCUAACAAUCCGGCUCGACGAGCCGCUGCCGCUCACGUUUAUGGUAUUCUCGCUUCCGGCGGUACUUGCGACGAGAGGCUGGUUUCCGAAUCGCAGACGCUGUUCUUUAACAAGUUGAACGGAUGGAAGACGGCUGUCGGUGGUGAGAUCAAUCAGAUCAGUGGUGCCAUUAUUGCGCUCGGGUACUUUUUCAGCAGACUCCAGUGGAGAAAGCCCGCGGAACUCUCAGACACACAUCCUAUAUAUCGACUGCUAGAGUGUCUGGUCGAUAUUCUUCAGAGUUCCAGAGAUCUAACUCUAAAAGGAGCAGCGUUCACGUGCAUCGACCAACUGAGUCUUUUCCUGGUCAUCAGCCCUUCAUCUCUUGCUCGACACUCCAAAUUCCAGGAUAUAACUCAGCAAAUAUUCGAAUCCGCAAAGACAGGUACUACGAGCGCUGUUCUUGCUCUUGGACACUUGUCUAUGAUUACAACCGAAGCUAGCGAAGAAGAAAAUACGGAUUACGCAUACAUUAGGGAUAAACUAUACGAACUACACGAAGUGCGUCAGUCCGAAGUUCAAUUCUCGGUCGGCGAGGCUCUGAGCUGCUUUGCUUGUGGUUGGGAUUCCACAGCAUUGACAACGGAACUUGAUGUUGAACAUCCAGAUCAACAACGCGAUCCAUGGGACUCAAGCGCAUUAACCCCUUCUGGGCCGAAACGCGAGAAAACUCUUUCUGCGGUCCUAGAGAAGACCCUCAAAGGUUGCCGCCAAACCAAACCCUCUCUAAAAAAGGCCUCAGUAAUUUGGCUGCUCUGUCUGCUCCAGUACUGUGGACAUAAGCCGGAGAUGCAGAACUACCUUCCACAAUGCCAGAACGCCUUCAAACUGUGUCUCUCAGACCGAGACGAGGUCGUCCAGGAGGCAGCUUCUAGAGGUCUAGGUCUUGUCUACGAGAGAGGCGACCGUCAACUGAAAGAUGGCCUGGUUCGAGACCUUGUAAGCUCAUUCUCAGAUAAUAAGUCCAAGAUGUCUGGCACGGUCACCGAGGACACCCAACUUUUCGAGCCUGGUGCUUUGCCGACGGGAGAUGGUUCUGUCACGACAUACAAAGACAUUCUUAGUCUGGCAUCCGAAGUAGGAGAUUCAAGUCUGGUUUACCGCUUCAUGUCGCUGGCUUCAAACAAUUCUAUCUGGUCGAGUCGUGCGGCUUUUGGGCGUUUUGGGCUUAGCAACAUUUUCUCGGACUCAAGUGUAGAUGGGUAUCUCGCCGAAAAUCCGAAACUGUAUCCGAAGCUGUAUCGCUAUAGAUUUGAUCCCAAUCCUAACGUUCAGCGCUCAAUGAACGACAUCUGGAACGCCUUAGUCAAAGAUUCUUCUACCACUAUUGGCACACACUUUGAUGCCAUCAUGGACGAUCUUCUAAUCAGUAUCCUCACGAAAGAAUGGCGUGUUCGUCAAGCAUCUUGUGCCGCGAUCGCCGACCUGGUUCAAGGUCGCAAUCUUGACAAGUAUGAGAAAUACCUUGGUCAAAUAUGGGAUAAGUGCUUCAAGGUCCUCGAUGAUAUCAAAGAAUCGGUCCGCGCCGCGGCGGCAUCCCUAGCCCGCGUCCUCACUGGUAUUCUUACGCGAUCGCUUGAGGCGGGAGAUUCUUCCCUCAAGAAUGCUGGUGCAAUGCUGGAGCGUGUUCUUCCUUUCCUGCUCUCUACGUCGGGUCUAGAAUCAAGCGCUGAAGAAGUACGCAUGUUCGCCCUCCACACACUUCUCCAAAUUGUCAAAAAGAGUAAUUCAAAAACUCUAAGCCCGCACAUCCCCGAGCUUGUUGAACGCCUCCUUGGCCUCCUUUCUUCUCUCGAACCCGAAGCAGUUAAUUACAUCCAUCUCAAUGCUUCCAAGUACAAUCUUACCACACAAAAAAUCGACGACCUGCGCCUGCAAAGCGUACGUUCCUCCCCACUCACCGAGUCCAUCGAACGCUGCCUUGACCUUGCGGACAUGGAAACCAUGGGAAAGUUAAUCCCUAGGAUUGAGGCCGCGAUGAAGAAUGCAGUGGGAUUGCCGAGCAAAGUCGGGUGUUCGAGGAUUCUAGUGACUUUGAGCACGAGGCAUAAUUUCCUAUUCAGGCCAUACGCCGACGCCUUCCUCAAACUUAUUCAUAAACACGUCCUCGAUCGAAACGACACAGUGUCAUCCUCGUACGCCGCUGCAGCAGGAUAUGUUGCUAGACUUGCCUCAGACAAGCAACUCCUCGCCACCAUUGCCUUCUGCCAGAAAUUGUACUUUGAGUCUGAAGAUGACAGGGGACCUCUCGCAGCCGGCGAUAUCGUUCUCUCCAUUUCCAAGAACGCAGCAGACCGCUUCACCUCCUUAUCUUCCUCCCUGCUUCCGUUUAUUUUCCUCGCCCAGCACGACAGUCAUGCCGAUGUUAAGAAACUCUUUGAAAACACUUGGUCGGACAAUGUUGCCGGUAGUCGUGCAGUCCUCCUCUAUCUGAAUGAAAUCUUAGCACUAGCGAACAAGUAUCUUGAGAGCCAGAAAUGGAACCUCAAACACACGGCCGCGAAAGCCGUUGCAGCUACCAUCAUAUCCAUCACUUCCGGGAGCGACGAGCUCAACAAGGCGAAUGCGGAGAUUGUGUGGCCAACACUGGAUAAAGCCGUGGGAGGAAAAACAUGGGAAGGCAAAGAAAUUGUUCUCGAGGCUUUUGUGAGGUUUGUGGAGAGGGGAAGAAUGCUGUGGGGCGCAGAUGGGAAAGUAGCGAAGCAGAUUGAGAAUGUUGCAAUUCGCGAGGCUAAGAGACAGAAUAAGUCUUACAGACCGUACGCGCUGGAGGCGCUUGGAAAAGUGUGUAUUGCGAGGACGGAUCUAGAAUUGAGUGGGCUGGUGGAACAGAUUGUUGGGGAUGUGCUGGACGAAGUGUUGGGUCUAGGGGAAGAAGGAGGGGUGACGGACAAGAUGGAUGUUGAUGGCGGAGAGGGGUUGAAGGAUGCUACUCUGUAA